UCUGAAAGGAGUUUGACCCCGCCCUGGGUGACAUCACGAUCGAGUUGCCAUGGCUCUGCUGAACGGUCUGGCUUCCGCGCUGGAGUCCUACAGGGGCCGGGACCGCCUGAUCCGGACACUGGGGUAUGGCUGCCAGCUCAUCGGUGGGGUCCUAGUGGAACAAUGUCCCACCAGGUCCGAAGUGGGAAGGCGCUUGCUGGUGGUGUCAGCCCAGCUCAGUCAUUGCAGGACUGUCUUGCGACUCUUUGAUGACCUGGCCAUGUUUGUCUACACUAAGCAGUAUGGCCUGGGGACAGAGGAGGAGGACAUCUUCAUCCGAUGGUUGUCUGUCCUGAGUAACAUGGCUGACCAGAUGUACUAUCCAUGUGAGCAUAUUGCCUGGGCUGCCGAUGCCAAGGUCCUCCAGGUGGACUCUGCUCGGUGGUGGACACUGAGUACAGCCCUCUGGACUCUCUCUCUCCUCCUUGGAGUUGUCAAGGCCCUGUGGAAAAUGUUGAAGCUAAGACAGAAGCUGCGGAGCCCCACAGGCACCUUUGCAAGCCAGCUGCCGAGGAGCAAGCGGAGGGCCAUGGAGGCAAAGAUAUGCUCAGAGGUUUUAACUCUCCUCAGCAACCUGGCUGACCUGGCGAAUGCUGUGCACUGGUUGCCCCGAGGUGUCCUGUGGGCUGGCCGCUUCCCUCCUUGGCUGGUGGGCCUCAUGGGUACCAUCUCCUCCAUCCUCAGCAUGUAUCAAGCUGCCAGGGCCGACAGACAGGCGGAGGCAGACAGCCCUUGACGAGGCCCUGGAGUGGCAGGUGGAGAACACUGCUGCUCAACAGCACUCAGAUCCCCAGUGGGCACCACUGGCCACGGGUGCAUCCAUAACUGUGUACUCCAGUGCUGGCCCCUGGGUGGGGUGGGAAAGGGGCCGAAAUGAGAUCUUCUCAGGCCCCAGCUAGGGGUUCAGGGGAAGCUACUCCUUUGGGGAGAAGGGGGCACAUGAGAACCCCAGGUCUCCCAAAUCCAAGGCCAGGUUUGCAAACUCCCUGGAGGACAUCCCAGGAGGACACUGCUUGAACCUCCCACCUGCUGGCUUGCCUAAAGGUGAGUGGGAGAGAGAUGCUGUGGCUCAGGUUGGGCUUUGGCAAAGCUGGACUAUAGGAAUGUCUAUUAAAUUUCUUGGUAUGGUGCCAGUGUGUA